UCCCCGCAGAGGUGAAUACCAAGGUGAUGACGUGAUCACUAUUGAUAUGGCGAUAUAUUGGCGGAAUCAGUAAUUCGAUUGCAUAUUCUAGCAAGCAUGCAGACUAUCUGGAUACCGAGGUUGCCUGCAUUAGCCAUUGCGUCACUGUCUGUUGACCUGUAAGGGAUGUAUAAGACUCCCGUCACCAGUCUCAAGAUACGGUGACAAACAUGAGGUCCUAACUCGUAUGCCAAUCAAUACCAAUCAUCACUUAAACAAUUAUUUCUUCCAAUCACUAUCACAAACAUGACUUCGCCUAUCCAGAAAAAUCUCGUGGAGAAGAAUGCUGGGUAUGCCAGCCAUUUUACAAAGGGCGACCUUGCUCUCCCGCCAGCCAAACACUACCUAAUUCUGACUUGUAUGGAUGCUCGUAUCGACCCGGCUGCUGCAUUCGGCAUUGACCUUGGCGAUGCCCAUGUUAUCCGGAAUGCUGGCGCCAGUGCGAGAGACGGCCAGCGUUCCAUAAUCAUAUCGGAGCAACUUCUCGGCACAAAGGAGAUCAUCCUCAUCAAGCAUACCGGGUGCGGCAUGUUGACCUUUUCUAACGAGGACGCCCACGGUCUCGUCAAGAAGAACCUGGGUCCUAGUGCCGCUGUAGAGAUCGCUACGCUCGACUUCCUCCCCUUUAGCAACUUGGAAGAUGCCGUUAGAGAGGAUAUUGCCUAUCUGAGGAAAAGCGCUACUGUGCCGGAAGAUGUUGUUAUCAGCGGUUGGAUUUAUGAGGUUGAGACGGGCAAGGUUAGACAGGUUGUGUAAGGAAAAUGUGGACCGGGAAUAGUGAAUAGGGUUAAUGAGAAUGGAAAAGGGGUUGGAAGGUUGGCGUGUUGAUAUCAAGCUUCUCCUGAUGCUCAUUUCCAUUAUCCAGAAAAUACAUACCUAAUGAUUGAAACCAAA